UGUGUGUGUGUGUGUGUGUGAUUGGGAAUUGCGGAUCAAUUGCACAAGGACAGGACUGAUUCAGACUGAUUCGGGAUGAUGUGAAAGAGCGGAUUUAAGGGUCUUUCAUCGCGUGGAUUCACUUCAGACUGAACUUGGAACAUUAUAUGCGCAACUUGUUUGUAUUGCUGGGGAUUUUCAUGAUGGCUUUCCUGUGGCUCUUUCUGUUGAUCAGAGGAGAUGUGUGAACGCUUGCACAUACACAGCUGAACAGAAGCGAAGUUUCACAUCUGUGAAGUAACCACUUAGACAGGAGGCUCAGGAUGAGAAGAUGGCAGCCAUACUGUUUCCACCGGGUCCUGACAGUCUACACCGGUUCACUCGUGAGUCCCUGGCUGGAAUCGAGCAGCGGAUCGCCGAGGAGGAGGCCCGCAACGCCAAGCAGUACCAGGAGGACCUGGGCGACGUGGAGCCGCUCAAGUCCCGCGCCGAUCUCGAGGCCGGCAAGCAGCUCCCGCGAAUCUUUGGAGACAUUCCUCCUGGACUGGUGGGCGUCCCUCUGGAGGACAUCGAUCCGUUUUACUUCCAGAACAAGAGAACUUUUAUAGUACUGAACAAAGGGAAGGCCAUCUUCCGGUUUAGUGCCACGUCUGCACUCUACAUUUUUAGCCCUUUUCAUCCCGUUAGAAGAGCAUCAAUAAGGAUUUUAGUUCACUCGUUAUUCAGUCUUUUCAUCAUGUGCACUAUUUUGACCAACUGCUGCUUCAUGGCCAUGUCUGAACCAGCGCAGUGGGCCAAAUACGUCGAGUACACGUUCACUGGCAUCUACACGUUUGAGUCGUUGAUAAAGAUCCUGGCGCGGGGUUUCUGCAUCGGCCCCUUCACCUUCCUGAGGGACCCCUGGAACUGGCUGGACUUCAGCGUGAUUGUUAUGGCAUAUGUUACCGAGUUUGUGGACCUGGGCAAUGUCUCAGCGUUACGGACAUUCAGGGUUCUGCGAGCACUGAAAACUAUCUCAGUCAUCCCAGGCCUGAAGACGAUCGUGGGCGCUCUGAUCCAGUCAGUGAAGAAGCUUGCAGACGUGAUGAUCCUGACGGUCUUCUGUCUCAGCGUCUUCGCUCUCAUCGGCCUGCAGCUCUUCAUGGGAAACCUGCGACAGAAAUGCGUCCGAAGCACCGCACACUGUCUCAACAACACCUUACCUUCAGACAACAGCAGCACUUUCUUCUGCAAUAACAGAACCUGGUCCUCUCUGGAGGACUUCAUCACUAAUGAAGAUAAUUACUUCAAAGUGGAAGGAGCCAAGGACGCCUUAAUAUGUGGCAAUGCAAGUGAUGCUGGAAAAUGUCCAGAUGGUUUUGAAUGUAUGAAGACCGGACGAAACCCGAACUACGGCUACACAAGCUUUGACACCUUCGGAUGGGCUUUUCUCUCGCUUUUCAGACUCAUGACACAAGAUUACUGGGAAAACCUCUAUCAUCACACGCUGCGCUCGGCGGGAAAAACGUACAUGGUGUUUUUUGUGGUGGUGAUCUUCUUGGGCUCCUUUUACCUGGUGAACCUGAUCCUGGCUGUGGUGGCCAUGGCAUACGAGGAGCAGAACCAGGCCACCAUCGCAGAAGCCCAGCAGAAAGAGCAAGAGUUUCAGCUCGCCAUGGAGCAGCUGAAGAAGGAACAGCAGGUGGCUCAUAAAGCACAAGAAACUGAGUCCAUCUUGAUGGCCGACGUCUCGCCGUUCUCCACACAAGGAAAAGGAAAUCUGGACCGGAGGAAAAACUCGAGACCGCUAUCUGAAGGAAUGCAGGAUGGCAGUAAUGACAAAUCUGCUAAGAUGGACACUAUAGAGGAGAUGAAGCAAACCCACUCUCUGUUGGUCCGCACUCUGUCCUUACGAGCCCGACGGGAGAGUCAGGUCAGCAUCUUCAACUUCCGGCCGCCAAACAAAGACUCGGAGGUGGACUUCGCCGACGAUGAGUUCAGCAAUCACGGUGAUUCGGACAGCCGUGGCGGCUCGCUGGCUCUGCCCUGGAGCAGGAGACGGACCAGCGCUCAAAGCACCUGCAGCCACAGCUCGCAGUUCUUCUUCCCGAGUCUCAACAUCAACGGCAAACUCUUCGUGGCCAUGGACCAGAACGGCAUCUCGGGCCAGGGCCCACUGUCUCCGCUGCCCACGUGCACCAUGGAGAAGGUCAAAGAGGAAAGCGGACACAACUCCACCAAUGAGCUGAGCACUAUGCUGCUGCCCCAGCAGUCCCAGGAGGGCCGAGACCGGACCCUGAGCGCCACCAGCUACAUCACUGAUGCUAUGGAAGAGCUGGAGGAGGCGCAGCAGAAGUGUCACCCGUGCUGGUACGUGUUUGCACAGAAGUACCUGGUGUGGACGUGUUCCCCCAACUGGCUGAAGGUGAAGGAGUGGGUGAAGUUCAUGGUGAAUGAUCCGUUCCUGGAUCUGACCAUCACUAUCUGCAUCGUUCUCAACACGCUCUUCAUGGCUCUGGAACACUAUCCCAUGACAGACGAGUUCAACCGCAUGCUGUCUGUGGGGAACCUGGUGUUCACAGGCAUCUUCACAGCGGAGAUGGUUCUGAAGAUCAUCGCUAUGGAUCCGUAUUAUUACUUUCAGCAGGGCUGGAACAUCUUUGACAGUCUGAUCGUCAGUCUGAGUCUCAUGGAGCUGGGUUUGUCCAACGUGGAGGGUCUGUCCGUCCUGCGCUCCUUCAGACUGCUGCGAGUCUUCAAGCUGGCGAAGUCGUGGCCGACGCUGAACACGCUCAUAAAGAUCAUCGGGAACUCGGUGGGCGCUCUGGGGAACCUGACCCUGGUUCUGGCCAUCAUCGUCUUCAUCUUCGCUGUGGUCGGCAUGCAGCUGUUCGGGAAGAACUACGAGUCGUGCGUCUGCAAGAUCUCCAGGGACUGUACGCUGCCCCGCUGGCACAUGAAGGACUUCUUCCACUCGUUCCUCAUCGUUUUCCGGGUCUUGUGCGGAGAGUGGAUUGAGACCAUGUGGGACUGUAUGGAAGUGGCGGGUCAGCCACUCUGCAUCCUGGUCUUCAUGCUGGUCAUGGUCAUCGGUAACCUGGUGGUCUUAAACCUCUUCUUGGCGUUGCUCUUGAGCUCCUUCAGCGCAGACAACCUCUCGGCUCCGGACGAGGACGGCGAAAUGAACAACCUGCAGAUCGCCAUCGCUCGCAUCCAGCGUGGGAUGCUGUGGCUCCGGCUGGCGCUCUGCGACUUCUUCAACGGGAACUUCAAGCGUCGCCGGCAGAAGGCCAAGGAGGCCAAAGCCAUGCUGAAGCUGAAGAGACUGAGCCAGCAGACGCACUGGGCCGAGGGCAAUGGGACGGCCGUCAUCGAGCGCAGCGGAGAGGACGACAGCUACAUGACCAACCCCAGCCUCACCAUCAGCGUUCCCAUCGCUCCCGGAGAGUCCGACCUGGAGUUCCCCGAGGAAGAGGAUGAAGAGGAGGAGGAAGAAGAAGAGGUCAGCGAGAGCGAGGAGGAGGAGCGAGAGGAGAUCAAACCGAGAGACGACGCCAGCCUAUCAGAGGGCAGCACGAUCGACCUCAGGAAACCCGGCGAGGAGGAAGAUGAAUACUCUGAGACAGCCGAAGAAGCCAUGGAUCCGGAAAACUGCUUUCCUGAUUUUUGUGUACGUCGUUUUCAGUGCUGUGACAUCAGCACAUCCGAGGGUUUGGGUCGAGCCUGGUGGCGUCUGAGGAAGACUUGUUAUCAGAUAGUGGAGCACAGCUGGUUUGAGAGCUUCAUCAUCUUCAUGAUCCUCCUCAGCAGUGGAGCGCUGGCAUUUGAAGACAUUUACAUUGAGCAAAGGAAAGUGGUCAAAGUGGUGCUUGAAUACGCAGACAAGAUCUUCACCUACAUCUUCAUCUUGGAAAUGGGUCUGAAGUGGAUCGCCUACGGUUUCAGGAAGUACUUCACCAACUACUGGUGCUGGCUGGACUUCCUCAUUGUGGAUGUGUCUCUCGUAAGCCUGGUAGCAAACAUGCUGGGCUACUCGGACUUUGGUGCCAUCAAAUCUCUCAGAACUCUUAGAGCCCUCAGACCGCUGAGAGCGCUGUCCCGGUUUGAAGGCAUGAGGGUGGUGGUGAACGCUCUGAUCGGGGCGAUCCCGUCCAUCAUGAACGUGCUGCUGGUGUGUCUCAUCUUCUGGCUGAUCUUCAGCAUCAUGGGAGUCAAUCUGUUCGCCGGGAAGUUCGGCCGCUGUGUCAACCGCACCGGCUUCAUCCACAACGCCUCCUUCAUCAACAACAAGAGCGAGUGUUUGGAGAUGAACAGCACGCAGUAUUACUGGACCAAAGUCAAGGUUAACUUCGAUAACGUGGGCGCUGGGUACCUCGCGCUGCUGCAAGUGGCCACGUUCAAGGGCUGGAUGGAGAUCAUGUACGCCGCGGUCGACUCACGAUCCGUGGAAGAGCAGCCUAUUAAAGAGAACAGCCUGUACAUGUACCUGUACUUCGUCAUCUUCAUCAUCUUCGGCUCCUUCUUCACGCUCAAUCUCUUCAUCGGUGUCAUCAUUGACAAUUUCAACCAACAGAAGCGAAAGAUAAGAGGACAGGAUAUCUUCAUGACAGAAGAACAGAAGAAAUAUUAUAAUGCCAUGAAGAAACUGGGAUCCAAGAAACCUCAGAAACCCAUCCCAAGACCUGCUAACCCGAUCCAAGGAUUCUUCUUCGACUUGGUGUCCAAACAAGCCUUCGACAUCAUGAUAAUGCUGCUGAUCAUCCUGAACAUGGUGACGAUGAUGGUGGAGACGGACGAACAGUCUCCCAGCAUCGAGAUCAUCCUCUACUACAUCAACCUGGCCUUCAUCAUCAUCUUCACCACCGAGUGCAUCAUCAAACUCAUCGCCCUGCGCUGCUACUUCUUCACCAUCAGCUGGAACAUCUUCGACUUUGUGGUUGUCAUCCUCUCCAUUGUGGGCAUUGUUCUGGCGGAUAUCAUCGAGAAGUACUUUGUCUCACCAACGCUCUUUCGCGUCAUCCGCUUGGCUCGAAUUGGACGAAUCCUUCGACUCAUCCGAGGUGCGAAGGGAAUCCGGACACUACUCUUCGCUUUAAUGAUGUCACUUCCCGCGCUCUUCAAUAUCGGCCUGCUGCUGUUCCUCGUCAUGUUCAUUUACGCUAUCUUUGGCAUGGCCAACUUCGCCUACGUCAAGAAGCAAGGCGGCAUCGACGACAUGUUCAACUUCGAAACGUUCGGAAACAGCAUGAUCUGCCUCUUCCAGAUCACAACAUCGGCUGGAUGGGACAAUCUCCUCAAUCCAAUCCUUAACAACUCUCCGGAAGAGUGCGACCCGUAUGUUCCUCACACUGGAACGAACGUUCGCGGAAACUGCGGGAAUCCUUCGGUGGGCAUCACGUUCUUCGUAACCUACAUUAUUAUUUCGUUUCUCAUCGUGGUCAACAUGUACAUCGCGAUUAUAUUGGAGAACUUCAGCGUGGCCACCGAGGAGAGCACAGAGCCUCUGAGCGAGGACGACUUCGAGAUGUUUUAUGAAGUCUGGGAGAAGUUCGAUCCGGAAGCGACGCAGUUUAUCGAAUACUCUAAACUUUCAGAUUUCGCAGACUCACUCUCCGAGCCGCUGCGUAUCGGCAAGCCCAACAAAAUCAAACUGAUUUCCAUGGACCUGCCAAUGGUGAGCGGUGACAAGAUCCAUUGUUUGGAUAUCCUCUUUGCGUUUACCAAACGCGUUCUUGGAGAGUCGGACGAAAUGGAUGCGUUAAAGCAACAAAUGGAAGAGAAGUUCAUGAUGGCGAACCCGUCCAAGAUUUCCUACGAACCGAUCACGACGACGCUUCGGCGCAAGCAAGAGGAAGUUUCCGCAAUCAUGAUUCAACGUGCAUAUCGGAGGCAUCUACUGCGACGGCAGCUGAAACAAGCCUCGCUACUUUAUCGUCAACUCCACAUGCCAGACGCCAUCAAAGAUGGCGACAGUUCACCGGAGAGCGAAGGACUUAUAGUUGCGAUGAUCAUGGAGAACUACGGCGCCGAAGCCGAAGUUACAGACACACUGUCAGCUACUUCGUGUCCGCCAUCCUACGACAGCGUCACACGAGCGACUUGUGAGCUUUUUCACUCUCUAAUCCCGGAUGCCGCGAACACGGACCUGAGCGAACCUUUCACAGACCGAGAUCGCGAGACGUUUCUGUGAUGACGGACGUCUUUUCCUUUUGUUUACCGAAUGUAACAUAGACACAAUACCCUCUGAGGUUUUUGCAGACUGUUUUAUUUCUCUUGUGGUUCACGUUUGUUUGAAUAUACAAGGGGAAAGUGUCGCAGACAUGCUCUUUGAACAUGCACACAUCAACCUUCACAGUUUGAAUGCAUGAAUGAGAUUCAUAGUCGCAGAUAUAGAGGAUGUAAUCAUCGUAUAUUAGACUGAAAGCAACGUAAGUUCAUUAAAGGUCUUACUUAAAAUGGCGUGAUUCCUUUUAAGAUUUGAGAUGACGUAGAAGAAACUUAGCGGUGCAUCCAUGUUAUAAAUAUUCAUACUUCACGCUUUGGAAAGCAUGACGAUUACCUCUUUCUGAUUUGUGUCGCUAGCGAUGAAAAGGCAGUGGUAUUUGCACUUUCUGUUGUUUUUUGCCAUUUCUUAUGACGUUUCGCUAGGUGUUGUUAUAUCAAGACUAGUAAAAGACAAUCAAAUGGUCACUUGCUUAAAACCUGUCUUUACUAAGUUCUUGCAAACUAUUGCACAUGCUUCCUUUUGAACGCGCGACACAUUUGUUUCUAUGGUGAGGUAUUUAUUUUGCAUGCGGAAACUGCAUGGUAUGGAGGGGUUAACGAAAAGACUUUCUUUUUAAUUGUUUUGCACACUAUACGUUCAGCAAUAAUUUGCUACUUUUAGGAAUAACAUUAUCGAUAUUUAUUGGAAUUAAAAAACGUGUCAAAGUUUCUACUGUAACGGCCUUCAGCUGUAACUGUGGCUUAUAUUACUAGUGAAGAUUAUAGCACAUGUGUUUUUCUAUCUCAAACUGACAUUGAACGCGCCACCGUUUGGGUCGGGUUGGCAGGUUUGGUGAAGGGCUGUUUUAUGUAGCAAUAGAUCCCAAGUGUGCCUGCUAGAACUAAAUCCUGUGUUUAUAAUUCAUCUUUCUUCAUGCAUUUGUUUUGGGUUUUGUAAAUCAUCAACAGACUCCCCAUAAAUAGCAUCAGACGUGAACCGUUCCAUUGGUGUGUUUGGAGGAAUUCCACAGCACAUUCGCUUAUGGUGGUUUCUAUCAGGAAACCCCAGUAAAAAGCACUACUUAUUCAUCGAGACAAAAAG